GAGACAGCGAGUGGGAGGCAAGCUUUGUGUGGAGAAACAGAAUGAACGGGCUGUUAUUUUAGGCUAGGGCAUUAAUUUACUUGUUUAAUAUUUCCUUCUAUACACAUGUGAAGUGAUAUUUUACGGGUUUGGUACUGAGAAAGGUUUACAUCUCUAUGGCAACAUCGACAUAUCAAAUUAUCAUCAGCUCCGCAAGGAAAUAACGGGCAGGGCUGCUGCUGCUGCCACUGGUAUAUUUAUUUAUUUUCCCUCAUGCGUCCUGCAACGUUGUGGGAAACGCCAUCGAGUCAGGGAGCGAUAUCUGAUUUAUGAUGGAUUAAUGGUCGUGUGAGCUGCAUAUGAAAGAAAGGCUUCCAAUGCUGAAUAUGUCCACUCCCAGUGAACUCAAGUCUCCCUGCGUGACUCGGAACGGCAUGGUCAAGCUGUCCCCCCAGCCCAACGGCCUCGGUUCGGCCAGCAUUACUAAAGGCACUCCAGCUGCCAAGAAUCGCCUGUGCCAGUCGUCCUCCGUGCCCACCAUCUUGCCUCCCCCUAGCCUUCCCUAUCACCUAGAGCCCCUGCCCACAGCGGCCUCACUGCUGGGCCCCGACCUGGACACGAGCCCCGUGACUGCCAUCAAACCUCCCCUCCGGCAAUUUCCCAAGCCCAUGCUGGAGAGACAACUGGUGCUGGACGAGAAGGUGCUGAACCGGCUCUUAUGGUACUUCACCACGGCAGAAAAGUGCAUUCUAGCCCAGGUGUGCAAGACGUGGCGGAAAGUGCUCUACCAGCCCAAGUUCUGGGAAGGUGUGACGCCCAUUCUACAUGCCAAGGAACUCUACACUAUCCUGCCCAAUGGGGAGAAGGAGUUUGUCAGCCUGCAGGCUUUUGCUCUCAGAGGCUUCCAGUCCUUCUGUCUGGUGGGGGUCUCGGAUUUGGACAUUUGUGAGUUCAUCGACAACUAUCCAUUGUCGAAGAAGGGAGUCAAGUCUGUCAGUCUAAAGAGGUCGACUAUAACAGAUGCGGGACUUGAGGUGAUGCUGGAACAGAUGCAAGGUCUGAUGCAUCUUGAACUCUCCGGCUGCAAUGAUUUCACAGAAGCCGGCCUGUGGUCCAGCCUGAAUGCACGGCUUACCUCUCUCAGUGUCAGCGACUGCAUCAACGUGGCAGAUGACGCCAUCGCCGCCAUUUCUCAGCUCCUUCCCAACCUAUCGGAGCUCAGCCUGCAGGCCUAUCACGUGACCGACACGGCCAUGGCCUACUUCACCGCCAAGCAAGGCUACACCACCCACACGCUGCGUCUGAACUCCUGCUGGGAGAUCACCAACCAUGGCGUAGUUAACAUGGUGCACAGCCUGCCAAACCUCACCUCCCUCAGCCUGUCAGGCUGCUCGAAGAUCACAGACGAUGGCGUGGAAUUGGUUGCCGAGAAUCUGAGGAAGCUCCGGAGUCUGGAUCUGUCCUGGUGCCCCCGCAUCACUGACAUGGCCCUGGAGUAUAUCGCCUGUGACCUACACAAGCUGGAGGAGCUGGUUCUGGACCGGUGUGUGCGGAUCACAGAUACAGGCCUGGGUUACUUAUCUACCAUGUCAACUCUGAGAAGUCUCUACCUGCGCUGGUGCUGUCAGGUGCAAGACUUUGGGUUACAGCAUCUAUAUGGAAUGAGGAGUCUUCGUCUUCUCUCUCUAGCAGGGUGCCCUCUGCUGACCACUACUGGCCUGUCAGGCCUGAUCCAACUGCAGGACCUAGAGGAGCUGGAACUGACCAACUGCCCUGGCGCCACAGCCGAACUCUUCAAAUACUACUCCCAGCAUCUGCCGCGCUGCAUGGUCAUCGAGUAGAGCAAAGAGUUUCAUGGGCACUAGCACCCACCACA